CAGACGUGCGCGUGCCCGUGUCGAUGUGAGCGCGCCUGCCUCGCGGUGCUGAUGGAGCUGCUGAGUCGAUGAUGAAGAUGAAGAUGAAGAGCAGCGAUCACAGCAUCGAUCCGCGAUGAUCGAUCAGUGUCCGACAAUCAGCGUCAUCAAUCAACCAAUCAGCGUCUUCGAUCACACCUGACGCGAGCCGCAGCGGGAGACAAUCAGGUGACCGCGGGACGGACACUGCGGGUUCUGGACCGGACGGGUUUCUGGAUCAUGUGACCGACGAGCUGCGGGUUCGAUCCCCGUCCGAGGAGGGAAACCCGCAGGUGAUCCGGAGCCGGAGGAGGCCCAGUUCAGACGUACUGAAGACAGUCUGACUCCGUCUACAGGCCGAAACUGCGACUGCACCACCAGCUAACAGCUAACAGUCCUGUGGUUGGUGUUCAGGUUGUUGGAUGGCAGGAGUGAACUACUGGAGCUCUUAUGAACCCGGUUCCAAGGUGAGUGAGUGUGUGUGGGGUGGCGAACAGGAGUCGAGCAGCGAGGACGGAGGAGGCGGGGUCACAUGGGAAACACAAGCCAUGGAGGUCAAAGGUCAACUCAUCUCAGCACCUGACCCUCUCACCUGUCUGGACAGGAAGCAGAGGGAGCGAAUGGCAGAGCUGCAGGAGAGGAGGCGGAGCCUGCAGGCGUUGCUGAGCACACGAUUGGCUGAACUGAGACGCAUUUGUCUGCAGGAGGCAGAGCUGACAGGUGCGGUGCCCAGUGACUUCCCCCUGGAAGUAGGAGAGAAACUUCCCUGUGUCCAACGGCGAGGUGGAACGUCCCGUCAAACAAACAGGAAGUGUCGAGCAGAGGAGGAAGACUCUCAGCGCUCGAAGCCGAAGAAGACUUUGUUCAGUGGAGCUCUGAGGAAACACAGCGACUCUGAACACAACACACACACUCAAACACACACACACCACGGAAAGAGGACUGUACACAGGGGCUGCCACACAGACGAUACAGUGAGGUCAGAGAGCAGCUCGACGUCAGACUCAAUAGGACACGAUAACGAUGAUGCAGUGUCUCAGUGUCGCCCCCCGCUGGUCUCUGCUGGAUCUCCAGUGGAAGUUUUCUACAAGACGAGGAGGAACUCAGUACACACCAGGACCGACCAUCCGGAUCUUCCAACCCUCAGGCCUCUCCCUCUCCCCCAUCCCCCCUCCCUCCCCCUCCACCCUACCCCCCGCUCUCAGGACUCCUCCCCCUCUGGCCCAUGUGAUCCAAGUGUCGCAGAGGAGGGCGGAGACAGAGGAAACGCCACUUGUCACAGUAACAGCUCUGACGGUCUCCUGGACCGCAGCGCUGUGGAGGAGGAUGGACAGCAGGGAGGAUUGUGGGUAAACGGUGUCCCGGGGUCCAGAGGAAUGAACGGUGCCGGAGUGUUCAGGAAUGCCGAGACGCCGGCAGACGCUCGUACGAGGACAAAUAACGGACUUAGCGAUGUGGGAGGAGCCGGACGGGGACGUGGACCAGGAAGGGGAGGCGGCUACAGCGAGGUGCUGCUGGACUACGUGUGGGGCAAACAGCAGCAACUCCAGAGACAGCAAUCCCAGCCCGGCAACCGGCAACCAAUCACCGCGCACCACCAGCUGCUCCUCAACGGACACGUCUCCCAGCAGCCCCCAGCAGCCCCGUCUAACUACCAUGCUCUCCCAGGCGAUCAGCGACGAGUCAAAGUGACUCGCACCAAAUCGUGCGGCCCCUUCCUCCCAGUGCAGCAGAGCCCGACCGAUACCCACAAUCCUCCUCUGUCCGCCAUCCAACCAGACCCCCACCCACAUCUGCUGCCCCCGCGACCACCACAGCUGCCCCCAACUCAGGACGCACAGCUGGAGGACGCCACCAGGAGCCUGCAUAAAGCUCUGGCCCUGGAAGGUCUGAGGGACUGGUACCUGAGGAACACGAUAGGGUCCACCCAUCAAAACACAGGUAUCAACACUAAGGUGAAUGGGGGGGUCAAAGGUCAGACUGGAGGGGGCGGAGCUCUGCAAGGCCAACGGAGGACUCAUGGUGUCAUCCAGCAGCCGACCUAUCAGAUGGAGACAAGUCAUCAUACCGUGCCGCAUCACAAACAGACGCUACCACACUCAGCCACGUUCCAUGGACAUCCGCUGCACGGCAGGUCUUUGGACAGCUCGCUUUUCCCGCCUCAGAAACAGGAAGUUCCUCUCAGAGAUGCGACCCUGGACCAGCCGUCGUCUCCUGGAACUCUGGUCUGACUCACCGGCCAAUCAGAGCGCUGACAGGCGGACACACAGACCAAUCCCAGGCUGGCUUCCUGGGAACUCUUUUGACUGCGUGACCUGCCAGGUCACCAGGAGAACCUUCACCAGGAUCGGCAGCAAAUCAGCACCUGAAGCCCCGCCCACCAUGAUGUCACACAGUGGAUGAUGAUGUCAUGCUACCCUGCAGCUUCAGUGAACUUCGGUCAGGGAUGGAUGACGGCUGCCCAAAGGGAUUCUGGGUAAAACCAGCGUUGUGUCAGCAAGUCAAACUUUUUUAUUUUUACGUUUUUAAAGUUUUUAAAGAUUCAGCUCCGACAAUCAGAAAAAGGUUUUAUACCAACUUUUGAUCAGCGCAUCAAUGAUGACAUCACCAGCUGACAUCACCAGCUUGGUCCAGUGGUCUUUAAAGAACUGAUCAAGUGACCUGUUGAUCCCUCAGGUGAGUCCAGACAGACCGACAGGUGAGACUCUUGAGGUAUUCAGUCUGGACUUAAGCUUCAACGCCUCCUGCAGGACUCUGUAUGACUGCAGGACUCUAUAGGACUCUGCAGGACUCUACAGGACUCUGCAGACAUCUACAGGACUCUGAGUCAAGAUCCAGUCUGAGAGCAAUAAGCUGAUCGGGGAGUCGAUGACCUUCUUUAAAUUUUCAGGAUGACCUCAUUUGCAGCGACAAUCAGAUGAUUAUGUCACAGAUUGAUCGUUUCCUGAUCAGCUGAUUGGAGCGUCACUUUUUAAAAAUGUGAGACUCUGAACCAAAAACCUUCGAGUCCGUUCAGGUCUUUAAAACCGGUCUGACCUCGAGUCCUCCAACAUGAAGCCGUGAACAUAUGGCACAAACAAACACACGAAGAAGAAACUGCAGUUCCUCUUGUCGUGAUGACAACGUUCAUGACAACUGUAGAGAG